CACCAGACAUAUAGAAGUAUUCUCUUAUUUUCACUUUUCCAUACUAAUUUUAUAUUUCUUCAAAACAAGAUAGUUGAUGGCAUCCCCAAAAAGUAAGAUUUACCCUGAUAAAGAUGAUUUCCCAUCUGCAAUGUCGUCUUCAAUAGUAAGCAGUGAAAUUGAAGCUGAAAUCAAAUAUCUUGCAACGGAAAUAUACGGGUCACCGUCAAUGGAGAAGUUGUACCAAUACCAGGGAUAUUGGUACUUGAAAUCUGAUCUCCAAGGAGUUAUUGCCGUACAAAAAUGGUGUGCCCGCAAUAAGUCUAGCGAUGAUCUUGGUGCCAGCAGGUCGGACGUUGUUCUCGCAACGUUCCCAAAUGCGGGACGACAUGGUUCAAGGCCUUGAUCUUUUGCAUCAUGAACAAGAAUUUGGGAGACGCUAAUCUUGAAGAGUCCCUCCGGUGUCAUUCCCCUCAUGACUUUGCCAAGUGGCUCGAGUACUACGGUUACAAAAACCAUGACAAUCCCAUACCCUCUACUAAGAUCCUCUCCACGCAUAUGCCCUACAGUGCAUUGCCAGGUCUCAUUAAGGACUCCACCACACUCAUAGUCUAUGUUUCUCGAGACCCUAAGGACAACGUAGUCUCCCUAUGGCAUUUCCUGAACAAGAUGAAGGGUCGGGACACACCAGGUAUCGAGUUAGAUAAGGUGUUUUACUCGUUCUGUAACGGGGUAUCCCAUUAUGGCCCUUUCUGGGACCAUACCCUCUCCUAUUGGCAUGCUUCUCUGGAAUCUCCCCAUAAAGUACUCUUUCUCAGGUAUGAGGACAUGAUAGCCUCUCCUGUAAUACACAUCAGCCGCCUUGCCAAUUUCAUUGGUCAUCCAUUCACUAUAGAAGAAGAGAAGAUGGGACUUAAGGAGAGAAUCAUAGAUAUUUGUAGUUUUGAUAAGUUGACUUCCUACGCUGCCAACCAAUCCACAAAGUCAAACCCAUCACGCCUUCCUUAUCAGUAUCAAACUCCAUGUUCUUCCGCACAGGCAAAGUUGGCGACUCACGCAAUUAUCUCAGCCCAGAAAUGAUUUCCUUUCUUGAUGACAUCAACAAGAACAAAUUGAAGGGAUCUGGAUUACAUCUCUAAUUUUUGGUUAAUGGAUUGAUUACCUACAUAUCUACUGUGUAAUGAUAAACCCCCUUUUAUCUCUCAAAACUCUACCAGGUUUGACUGGCAUGAGAAACAAUAAAAUAAAAACUGUGUGAUUAAGAUUUAUGUAGAAGAGAGAAAUUAUAUGAACCACGAAUUCAUCGAUUAAAAGGGAAAAUGACAAAAAUUUUGGUACAUCCAAAAAAUGAAAGAUGACAAAGUUAUAAGGGAUAGAGAGAGUAUGCUUUACAAGUUUAUAUAGUUCUUUGAGCAAA